UUCUGCCGGUUCAUCACUAGAGGCAGAGCUGCAUUUAAACGAGUGAAGCAUGGUCAUACAUAUUUCACAUUUCUGAAACAUUCGUUUUUCUAUUGUCCCCCAUUGUUCUACAUCAUAUAAAUAGUCUUCAUUUUGCAUAAUGUUUUCCGCAACGGUAGAGCAGCAAGAACUUGUCGCCAAAAUUUCUGCAGUGCAUGAGAAGCUGAGAAAGAGUAGAAAAAAAGUUGAAGUUGAAGGAAGAGACGAAGAAGAAUGGAAGUGCAUUUGGAAAGAGCAUACCCUAGAUGAAACAACUCUAAAGACGUAUGCAGAGGCAAUGGCACAACUUGCGACCAAGAUUUGGGAGCCCAGAAACACUUUGUUAGGGGGACAGGAAUUAACAAACAAUGAACUGCAACCCCACCCCCAGUUAAAAUGCAGACUUGACUGGGUUCACCACAAGUGCACCCACUUUUUCUCAUCGCCUAGUAGGAAAUUACGCCUUUUGGACGUUGGCUCUUGCUACAAUCCCUUCAAAAAGUUUGACUCCUGUUACGAUAUCACUGCGCUAGACUUGUGCCCUGCACCAGGACACGAACACCACGUCCACCGUUGUGAUUUUUUGUCUAUAUCCAUUCAAGGAAAAAACAUUCAUGACGACGACCAUCAUGUUUUAUCCUUGCCACCCAAUCACUUUGACAUUGUCGUCUUUUCAUUUUUCCUUGAAUACCUACCUCAUGCUGGUCAGCGCGUUGAAAGUUGCAAGAGAGCACACAGUCUUCUUAAACCAGGUGGACUUUUGUUCAUUCUGCGACCAGAUUCCCACAGUGUGACUCCCACAGGAAAUUCAAUCCUGGUUAAACGGUUAAAAGUAGGGGCUGGAUUUUUGCAUUUUAAGAGGAUCUAUUUUGAGAAACUGCAACAUCUCUGGUGCAUGGGUUUCGUCAAAUUGAGCCAAGAACAAGGGGAAGAAUACUGCAAAAGUGCGAGGUUUAUCAGAGAUUUGAAAAAGGUCAACCAGAAAAUGGACAUUGCUUGUAGCCAGCAGAAUUUAGACAGCUUGUUUUGUAUUGCACAAGAUUUCAAAGAGGUUGAAAUUGUCAAGAAUAGUGGUGCAGGAGAAGACGUCGAGUUAGUACCAUCACCGAUGAGGAGUAUUGUGAAUGCGGAUGUAAAACAGUUUCAAGAAUUGCCUUAUUUUCUUGACGAUGAGAGCUAAAACAGAUUCAAAAUGGCAACGCCUGAAUUGUCCUGGUUGAUUGUACGCAACAACAACGCCUUUUUGAGGAAGGUCCGAAAUGUUAAGCAGCCAUUCAGUUCGGUAA